CAGACAAGACCAAGUAGUUUGGUUGUCCUUCUAAUCUGUUGGAUAAAUGAGGCCAUCAGAACAGGAGCUUGAGAACUUGGGGGAUCCUGAGACUUCUCCACUAAGAGACUCAAGCAACAGUCAUAACCCUACCCAUCUGGGUCCUCCAGAAGCAGAGGGAAGGAAGCAGAGAGGGGAAGGAAGUCCCUACCUCUUCAUUCAACUGAAUGAACUCUUGGGAAACCCUCCAACCCAGGAAUGGAGAGAAACAGGCAGAUGGAUAUUGUUUGAAGAGAAGCUAGACCUAGAAGCAAGGCGUUGGAGCAGCCCCCAUGUACCCACCUUAUCCCUGUCAAGCAUCUGGGAGCUUCGGGCCCUGCUGACCACAGGACUGGUGCUCUUAGACUGUUCUGUACAAAGUCUCUCUGAACUCACAGAACAGGUGACCAAGGUGGAAUCACUGAACCCAGAAGUGAGAGAGAAACUGAAAUCUGUCCUGCUCCAGAGUCCUCAGCAUCACAUCCAGGACAUGUGUUGUUCAGCUGCCAGGAGACUUAGUACAAGACUCUGUAGGGGUAAGCAUUCUACUAAGAUGUCUUCUGCUGAAGAGCCACCCCUGAAGGAAGAGCUACAGAGCCCUCUAUGGCAGAAGCUGCCCCCUGGCACUGAGGCUGCAGCUGUGCUAGUUGGAGAAGUGGACUUCUUGGACCAGAGACUGGGAGUGUUUGUGCAACUUCAGGAGUCAGUGGUGCUGGGAACCUUGACGGAAGUACCCCUACCCAUUAGGUUUGUCUGCAUGGUCCUUGGUCCCCCAAUCCUGGGAAAAGACUAUCAUGAGAUGGGCAGAGCUGCAGCUGUACUCUUGAGUGAUGAGGUGUUUCACUGGUCAGUCUGCCAGGCUAGCAGUCCCCAAGACCUUAUCUCAGCAAUGGAUGCUUUCCUAGAAGAGGUGAUGGUGCUGCCCCCUGGUAGAAGUGACCCCACAGAACGGAUCCCUCCACCAAAGUGCCUGUCUACUCCACAUAAGAGACUUCCUUUAGAGCUUCAGGAAUCCAAGGGCUCUUGCAAUGAGAGUGUUAACUCUAAGAGGGACAGACAUGGCUAUGAGUAUGAGCCCCAGCAUGCUAUUAAGGAGCUGCAGAGGACAGGAAGGCUGUUUGGGGGUUUGGUGCAGGAUGUAAGAAGGAAGGCCCCCUGGUACCUGAGUGACUUCUUGGAUGCCUUUGAUGCCCAAAGCCUUUCUGCUAUACUCUACAUCUAUCUGGCUACUAUCGCCAAUGCUAUCACCUUUGGUGGACUACUGAGUGAUGCCACUGACAAUGCCCAGGGUGUGCUGGAGAGCUUCCUGGGCACCUCUGUGGCAGGGGCCAUAUUCUGCCUCUUUUCAGGACAGCCUCUUACUAUCCUCAGUAGCACGGGGCCUAUCCUCGUCUUUGAACGGAUACUCUUUUCUUUUAGCAGGAAUCAUGGCCUAGACUACCUACCCUUCCGCCUGUGGGUGGGGAUCUGGGUGGCAUUCUUCUGCCUGGUGCUGGUGGCCACAGAGGCCAGUGUCCUGGUACGUUAUUUUACCCGCUUCACAGAAGAAGGUUUCUGUGCCCUCAUCAGCCUUAUCUUCAUCUAUGACGCCAUUGGCAAGAUGCUGAACCUUACAGAGGCCUUUCCUAUCUUCCGACCUGGCCCCUCUGGAGUUACUGGCUUCACCCCUCAUGGCUGCCUCUGUUAUUUCCCAGACCCAAAAGGGAAUAUGUCUUUGUUGAAGGGGCAGAGCCAAGAGGACAUGGAUGCUGCUCUGGGGAUGGACCUACACCUUGUCAAUGUGUCUCUGCUGUCUCCACCUGACUGUGCCCUUCAAGGAGGCCAACCAAGAGGUCUUGGCUGUCAUUUUGUCCCAGAUGUUGCCUUCUUUUCCCUCUUACUUUUCUUUGCCACCUUCUUUUGUGCCACCAUCCUCAAGCACUUCAAAUCCAGCCAUUUCUUCCCCUCCAUGGUACGGAAGGUGAUCAGUGACUUCUCCAUGGUCCUGGCCAUCCUGCUAGGUUGUGGAUUGGAUGCUUCCCUUGGCCUCAGCACACCCAAGCUCACAGUGCCCAGUAAGUUUAAGCCCACUCAUCCUGAUCGGAGGUGGCUAGUGCCAUUGUUUGGAACUAAUCCCUGGUGGUUGUGCCUGGCAACAGCACUGCCAGCCCUUCUGAUGUCUAUCCUUGUCUUCAUGGACCAGCAGAUAACUGCUGUCAUCCUCAACCGAAAGGAAUACCAGCUUCAGAAAGGUGCUGGAUUCCAUUUAGACCUUUUCUGGGUGGCCAUGCUGAUGCUACUGACCUCAGCCUUGGGUUUGCCCUGGUAUGUCUCUACCACGGUCAUCUCAUUGGCCCAUAUGGAUAGUCUCCGUCGGGAAAGUGAAGUCUGUGCUCCUGGAGAACUGCCCCGAUUCCUGGGCAUCAGGGAGCAGCGUCUCACAGGACUAGUGGUCUUCAUCCUUACUGGUUUAUCCAUCUUCCUGGCCCCUGUGCUCAAGUUUAUUCCCAUGCCAGUACUCUAUGGAAUCUUCUUUUAUAUGGGAAUGGCAGCACUGAGCAGCACCCAGUUUUCAGAACGUGUGAAGUUGCUGUUGAUGCCAGCAAAAUACCAGCCAGACCUGUUGCUUCUUCGGCAUGUGCCUCUCAGCCGAAUUCACCUCUUCACAACAGUACAGCUGAUCUGUUUGGGUCUACUCUGGGCAGUCAAGUCUACAGUAGCUGCUAUUGUGUUUCCCCUCAUGCUGCUGGGCCUUGUUGGGAUCCGGAAAGCCCUGGAGUGGGUCUUCUCACCACAGGAGUUAAGCUGGCUAGAUGACCCAAUGCCGGAGGAAAAUGAGAAGAAAGUCCAGGAAGAGAAGGUAUUGGAACCAGAGUUCAAGCCCAAAGGGACUUCUGAGUUGAUUUAUCAGCUGAGGGCUCCAGAAAUUAACAUCUCAGUGAAUUAGCCGGAGGAAGAGGAGGAGGAGGAAGAAAUUCACACAGCUAAACCUGAGGCUCAGGAAGUGAGUGUUGGAAUGGGAAGGACCAAGAGCCAGUGGUGCUUCAGGAGACUAGAAUUCCAGUGUUCUGAGGCCUCAGCCAUUCUUCUGAUCUUUGCCCGAGCUGGAUGAGACUAUAAAGUUGGCUGUUUUGUCUACAGAAAUGUUGAACAGGCAAAAUCCCUAUCCAGGGAUUAUCAUUAAAAUGAAUAAAGUCCUCAAAGUAUUUCUCAAA